UACGAUACGAUACGAUACGAUACGAUACGAUACCAGACCAACACGACUACGCACUGAUUGUCGGGUUCUAGACCCAAUCCUAGGCUGUGCCACUGCGCGAGGAGGCAUCCAUGAUCCGUCACAGCAAGCGCGCUAAUUCCAGGAAUUCGGAUCAUCAUCCCGAUCCCAAAGCCUGGGGAGGCUGCAUCCCCACAAGGUACCGUACCGUACCGUACCCUUCGUACUUGGUACCACACCACACCACACACCACACACCACACACCACAACCACACCACAUUCCAUUGCAAGGAGCGCAUCACCGCAGCCGCACUUGCAUCCUCAUCCUCAUCCUACUGUACUGUUCACGCCCGGGUGCAUAAUGCCUGCUUGCAUCCCUAGCUUUCCCAGAGUAUUGGUAAGUUUCACUUUUAGCUCAUGCCAUGCUAUGCCAUGCCGUACAGGACGCAGCAUGCGCGCCGUUUACAAUACUCUGCUUUUGCUGCCCGUGGCUCGUCUAAACUUUCUUUUGUUCUUGCGGCUUUGACUGCCGAGAAGCAGUCGAAGUCGGCACGAUUGCUGCAGAUGCAAUUCAAAUGAUGCCUGACCAUUUUGUGGAUGCAAGUACAUACGCACGAGAUGCAGAGUUCCUUGACAUAGUCUCCAACAGUCAGUUGCUGUAGUACCUAAUUAGGGCAUUUUCAAUGGAGUGGUCACAUGAUUGUCUAUGCUAUUUCCCGUUAAGCCAAGAACAGGAAGCUUGUUCCCUGUCUCUCACUGUCAACACCAACAUAAUCUUUACGUUUUUGGAUGCUUACAAUGUCACAAUAAUUGAUUCGGUGUAAUAUUUCAGUCUUCUUUCCUGUGAAUAGGCGCCGGGUGUCAAUUUUCGGGCUUCCUAUCUCUCGAUACCAGUUUUUUGUCCACUUUGCAACACCUCCUCUCAGAUACCAAGUCACUUCAAUUCGGGUUUCAGCACAGUACGGAACUAUCUGCCUCGAUCAGGAAGCCACCAAGCAAGAGAGUCAUGUCCUCGAAAGAUGAUAAGCGGGAAUGGGAGUUUCCUCACCUGAGAGAGGCUCACCAGAUGAUGGGCCUGGAAAAUGUCUCGGCGGACUUCUAUUCUGUCCAAUUCUAUCCAUACACUGAGCCCGGGGUAGACCCUGUCUUUGCCGUUGUGGGCGGCAAGCGGAUCAUGGUGUGCCGUCCGCCUGGCGGGAAAGAUAACGCGAAGAUUGAUGUUAUCCAAGAGCUCCAUGAUGAGGAGAAAGAGAUAGAUCAUUAUGCAUGUGCCUGGAGUAAGGACACUGAGACUGGCAUACCAUUGCUCUGUGUGGCUGGGGCAAGCGAUCAAAUUAAAGUCUUCAAUGCAGUGACAGGUGAUUUAUUGAGGACAUUGUCAGGUCACGGAGGGGAAAUCAAUGAUCUCGCAGUGUCGCCCAUCAACCCAUGUAUCAUUGCCUCAGCAUCUGCGGACUGUACAGUACGAAUAUGGAGUCUAGAUCCGCGCCACGAAAGUCAACCUUGUGCGGCAAUUCUAGAAGGAGACGGCCAUGAAGAGACCGUACUAUGUCUUGCCUUCCAUCCCACAGGCCGCUAUCUCCUCUCAGGAGGGAUAGAUCACAGAAUCAACCUCUGGACGCUACCGGAGUUCCCAGACUCCAACACCGGUACCAACAUCCCAACACGGAUCUACUACCCUCAUUUCUCAACAUCCGAAAUCCACGGUGACAUUGUAGACUGCGUAUCAUGGUAUGGCGACCUCAUCCUCUCCAAAGCCUGCAACGAGCACAACAUCGUCCUCUGGUCCAUCACGAACUUCAACAGCUCCGCUCCACCCCCUCCUCCAUCCCAAGCACCCACCUCUCACGACGCUUCACGAGAUGCCCGUUCUGCAUUCGUAUCUCCACCUCUGUCCGCAGCCGAUAACGCCAUAACGCUUUACAAUCGGUACCUCCAACUCUCCAUCCCCGAGAGCCACAUCAUGUUCGCGCGAUUCUCGCUCUUUCCCGGCUGCAAAAUAGGCCCAGGUCGCCAUCCUAUCGUGGCAUUCUGUAACACGAAUAGUAAGGUCUUCUUCUGGGACCUGGAACGCUUCGAGAACUACUAUGACACACAGGGCUCGAUGCCCGGUGCUGAUGGUGUACCUGUUGCUGGAGCCGAAUCUCGCGGUGCAUCACCUAUGAAAGGAGAAAAGAAGCCCAACAUUCCCAUCGACAACACUCCUCGUGCCCAUCCCUUCCUCCACCCCUUCCAGCGGCGCAAUCGAGGAGGCGGUAGCGCUGGCGGAGUUGGAGCAAUCGCACGCCUCGCGCGCGAAACGUCGCUAUCUGAAUCUACCGGUUCAGAACAUACGAAUCAAGACGAGAAUUCGCAGGGACUGCCAGGUAAAGGCAAGAUCGACUGGGCGCGCAGCUGGGCUGGCUGGAAAGCGAAAUAUGAGCUGGGGGAUCCUUUGACGGAAUUGGAGCCGCAUCAUACGGAGAUGGUGAAGGGAUUGAAGUUUACGGGGAGGCAGGUUGCGUGGAGUAAUGAUGGUGAGUGGUGUGUUGUUGUUGGGAGUAGUGGUAGCAUCGGGGUGCUUGGGAGAUGGGGGAGGUGAGGGCAUUAGGCGAGAUUAAGAAUGGUAGGAGGCUUAGUCUAUAGAUGAUGGAAUGAAGGAAUGAUAGAUGGAAAAUCAGUGGAGGGUAGAUGUUCGCUGGUAGCUUAAACGUACUCGGAAAGAAAAUCAAUAAAAUA